AUGUCUGGUAGUUUCGGCGUCGAUGGUAUUGGUGGCGGUGGUAUAGAUGAUGCGUAUCGGCCACUCCCCUCCGUCUACCUGGGCUUCUUAUCGAUCUGGUUCCUUUCUGCAUUCUCUUGGACUUUUAACACCUGGAACAACCGCCAUUUUCAGUCAAACCAUCUGCAGUGGACGCUCUCCUCUGUUCCAUUGAUUAAAGUUCUGCAGCUUACACUUUCCUUUCUCUUCUGGUAUUCCUGCUAUAACUUUCAGACUUGCUCUUUGUGGAUGUCAUUUGGGGUGUACGUUACAGGAGCACUCUUUCAGACAGUUUCAUUUGUGUCCUUUUUGCUCAUUUCUCAUGGUUACUGUAUCAUGUGUGAGCGUCUUUCAGUACCCGAACGUCGUACUACAGCUGCACUUGGGUGUGUUUCCUAUUUGACUCUAGUUGGUUACAGAGCUUCUGUACCUUACUUCACUGUCCUUUUGCUUCUUAAUUAUUUCAUAUCAUUCUAUGUUAUCUUCCACCACAUAUCUCAGAAUCUCCUGGUUUUGCGUGAACAAUUAAGCUCUAUAGAGGAUGAAGACAUUCAUAUAAUGCAUGAUGCAGUAUACACAAAAUACACUAUGUUCAAGAAAUUCCAAAGUGCAAUGCAGAUGGUAGCCAUGGCAGAGACUCUGAUAUAUAUAAACAUGGAUGAUACCUCAGACAAUUACUGGCUCCGUGUUUUAGUUCGAGAAUGGGCACAGCUCUGCAUUUUCUUGUAUAUUGGGUGGACUUUCAGGUCACAAGAAUUCUCAUACAAUUUCUCAGUUAUGCCUAAUCUAAAGUCUAAAGCGGGGAACAUGGUGCCUCCCAUCUACAGCAUAGAAAUGGAUGCUGCAGCUUUCAGAGAUUUCAGCUCUCAUGAAUGGCACAUUGGGGUGCCAACUUCCUCUCCAAAUGCAGAAAGCUCUACAGAUUCAUUUCUAGUCAUAGUUCAGCAUCCGCAUUCAUAUAAAGCAAGUACUGGAAGCCAAAUAGUCCACACAUAGCUGCUAGUGUGCAACAACUACAACCGCAGCACCAAAGA